GUCGAACUGAAUAUUAGCCUAGCAAGUAGCAGAUUGAAACGUCGUUUCCAACAGCUUCCAGAGCUUCGCAAUGGAGAUUUCCUUUGCUUGCAGCCAUACAUCCCUUCGUUUCUGAGGAACAUUGUCAGCGUUGUGAAGUCGUUCAGUGGAGGCGGCAACGUUCGUGUUCUCAGUCCACGUCUUGCGCCACUUCUUCCGGAUAAGGGUGCUUCUCAUGGAAUCCUGUCACCAGCGCUCUUCCCUUUCUAUAAGGACGAAUCGGAGGAGCAGAUAUUGCCAGUUCCAAAAAUGCUAGAAGACAGUGGUCUCAAUGAAAAAGAUCGUGAACGCAUUCUGGAAAUGGUAAUGGAGAUCUCCGGAGCACGUGGUACGGUGGAAAACGCUAUGAAGGUGAUUACUUAUUCACAAAAUGUUUUCCGAGAGUAUUUUUUCUAA